AUAUAACACAGCACAGACUGCUGCUCUCUGAUCAUUUUAAUAGUAAAGGAGACUUGGUUGUAAGCACAAAGAGAAAGAAUAGUGUUAAAAAGAAUCCAAAGAAAAAUAGUGAGAGCAACAUUAGAACAGCUUCCACAUUUAAGGCUCAGAGGAGGAAAACAUAAUGAAGCUGUUUUAUCUGUUGCUGCUGCUAGCCGGUUCUACUACUGCCUUCCAUCUGGACACCUCAGGCAGAAGGGAGCACCCCACACUGCCCUCCGAGGCUCUCACCACAGAGGCGAGCCAAACCGAAGCAAAAUCCCGCUUCGCCAUGUUGGAUGACGUCCGCCUUCUGGCAAACGGUCUCCUCCAACUUGGCCAGAGUUUGCGGGAGUUCGUCCACAAGACAAAAGCCCAAAUCAACGACAUCUUCCACAAGCUGAACAUUUUCGACCGCUCCUUUUACCAGCUUUCGGUGGUCACAUCAGAAAUCAAAGAGGAAGAGGAGGAACUCAAGAAGACCACUAACAUCUUGAAGGUCAACAAUGAGGAGAUAAGGAACUUGUCUUUGGAAAUCAACACUAAGAUCAACAACAUCCUGCAGGAGCGCACACAGCUGCAGAGCAAAGUGGGAAGCCUGGAGGAGAGGCUGAAGGGACUGUCGCAGAGCAUGAUCCCUGCAGACCAACUCAGGGAAAUCACAACCCUCAAGGAGGUAAUCGAGGCGCAAGAGAAAACAAUCACCAGCCUUCUGAUAGCGGUGAAGGAGCAGCACGAUCAACUGGACCACCAGAAAAUCAAGAUUAAAAAUCUGGAGGAAAAGCUCAGCUUCAAGAGCUUUCAGCUUACUGUCGAUAAGGCGAUGGAUUCAGACCAUUCACCCACUGAUAAGUUUGAAUAUCUACAAAUAAACUCCACUGACCUUCCUGUGGACUGCAGUGAGUUAUUUACCAGAGGAGAAACAAAGAGUGGAGUCUAUGCUAUCAAGCCAAACCAAUCAGAGCCAUUUUAUGCUUACUGUGAAAUGAGUUCAGAUCAGGGUUUCACUGUCAUCCAGCACAGGGCUGAUAGUAUAGUGGAUUUUGACCAAACAUGGGAGAUGUAUCAAAACGGCUUUGGAGACCUGGAGAAGGACUUCUGGCUGGGCCUAAAGAAAAUAUACACCAUCAGCCAACUGGGAGCUUACAUCCUGCGAAUUGAUGUGGAAGACUGGAAGGAGGAAAAACACUGGGCUGAGUACAGCUUUUCACUGGAAGGUCCCUCCAAGGACUACACCCUUCACGUCAGCCACUUUGCAGGUGACCUGUCUGAUGCAAUGACCAACCUGACCGGCUCGAGAUUCACCACAAAAGACAAGAACAAUGACAACAGCUGCAACUCUGACUGUGCACGCAACUGCACAGGUGGCUGGUGGCUCCACGCAUGCAGUGAAACCAACCUAAAUGGAAAGUAUUUCUCUUUGAGGGCAUUUGGACAGUCUGUGAGAAGGAAAGGCAUUCAAUGGGGGCCAGGCACAAUGCCUUUAUAUUCCCUCAAGACGAGCAAAAUCAGUUUACGGGUGAUGCCAGUAACUGAUAGCGGAAACUAACCUCCCAGACCUGAAAUGUUCUUAUUCCAUACUGUUUUGUGUUUUUACUUAAAGAAUUAGAUUCAAUUAAAAGAUUUCACAGAAAGGGCAGUAAGAAUGGUUUUAAUUUACUCGCAUCUAGAAGAUUAUUGCCUUUUGAACUUUUGUUAGGUGACAUAUGUCAUAAAUUGGACUUACAGAUGUGAUGCAAUGGUGCAACCAUGACAUGUAGGUUGUUAACCUAUUGGAUCUGAUCCACCAAGGACAUUAGAACAGUUAUUACACAACAUCUGCAAUCAGCGGACCUAUUGAUCCACAUUGCAGCCUGAUUCUGUACCAGAUACCAGAGUUACAAUGGGAUGAAAACUUCUGAAUGAGUUGCAAACUUUGAACACAGAUCAUGCAAUCACAAUGUACAUUAACCUAAAUCCGUUUCAUCUUCUAGGCCAAGCAUGCUAUUUAAAAUGCAUUUUAUCUCUCUGAUGUGAAACUGUAUUGCAUCUUGUCUGAAGUAACAAGCAGAAUCGUCAAUGUCUUUUUACAUAAUGCAUGCAGGUUUUCAAUUUCAGCUUCAACAGAAAUUGUAUUUACAAUGCUAACUAUAAUGUGCAGGCUGGUUGUUUUCCUCCAUGUGUAGAUCAUCUGAAUUUCUUUUGACUGUGCACUCAAUAACUUUAUCAAUGUCUGUUAAGUUGUUUUUAUUAUUCUGUAUAGUAUUUAAACCAUGUUCAUGCUAUAAUGAUUAAUGGGGCAUUGUUAGGUGAUAUUGUAUCUUUGCGUUUCCACUGUUAUUGAGUCAUAUUGACUUACGUCAUUAGUGCAGCACACAUUUCUGUUUGGUAAAUAUGUGUCAUAUUAACGGUCAUCCUGGCAAAAAAAAACUGCAUGCUAUCAAUCAUACUGUAUUUAUGAAAAAAGAAAUAAAUCAGAUUUUCAAAAUACAAAACAUUUUCAAAACAA